AGAGAGAAAAAAGAGUAAAGUUUCUCACUGUAUUCACACACUCUUUUCACAGAACUUUUAAGCUCUCUCUGAACUCUCAUUACCCAUUUUUAUAGCUUCAUUAGGGCAAAAACGAAGAAGAAGAAGAAGUAACCAAUGAAAGAAGGAAGGGGAUCUUCUCUGGUUCAUCUUCUUGUCGUAGUUCUGAGCUUGGUAGCUUUUGGUUUCGCCAUUGCCGCCGAGAGACGGAGAAGCGUUGGUCACAUAGUUAAUGAUGAACGGACGAAUUCAACCUAUUGUGCGUAUAACUCAGAUGUUGCUACUGGUUAUGGAGUUGGGGGCUUCUUGUUUCUUCUUUCAAGUGAAUCUCUGCUUAUGGGUGUGACUAAGUGCAUGUGUUUUGGGAGACCUUUGGCCCCUGGUAGUGAUCGAGCUUGGUCCAUCAUAUAUUUUGUCUCGUCAUGGGCGACUUUUCUGGUAGCAGAGGCAUGUCUAAUUGCAGGUGCAAAGACGAACGCUUAUCACACGAAGUACCGAGGGAUGAUUUAUGCUCAGAACUUCUCGUGUGAAUCUUUACGGAAAGGCGUGUUUGUUGCAGGUGCAGUAUUUGUGGUAGCAACAAUGAUUCUAAACGUGUAUUACUACAUGUACUUUACCAAGGCAACUACUAACCAGACAGCUCAUAAAACAAAUCGAUCAAGCUCAACUGUUGGGAUGACUGGGUAUGCUUAGAAUAAAACUAUUUUUAUGUGUGUUCGGAAUGCCUUUCUGAUGUUUUUGACUUAAAACUCCGGUAUCCAUUCCGUUUAUGUAGUUAUAUAAUAUAGGUGACGUUUCGUUGUAUCGGUUUUACUUUGUAAUUUUUUGGGAAAGGUGGACCUUUUAAUGUUCAAGUAAAAUCUUUCCAUGGAGGAUCAAAGAUUUAGGUGGGGUUUUGUCACUGAAAAAAAUAAUAUAUAUUUAUAUAUAUAGGAGAGAGUGAGGUAGGUAAAGGCAUGGUGAUGAGAUUGGUAUGGGGACUUUAGGAGGCAGAUGGAAUAUAAUUAGUUGAGGUUGUUCCUGUGUUUUUGUUUUUGCCAACAUAGGAUCUCAACUGUUAUUCUAACUGUUUAGGAUUGAAAUUGGACAAAAAUUCAACCCCAUCUUAUGUUGACUCAGUUGGAAGCUGUUGCACCCUACAAUAGAUCUUUCUUUUGCAAAUGUUUCACUGUAUCUGUCUUACUAAUCUCUUGUUGAAAGUAAAAGAAGUCUUUUCUAA